UGGCUCAUACUUUUCAGAAGCAAGGGUCAGUAAUGGUUUCGUUUCUGCAGCACAGAAACUCUUGGGCUCCGCCCCGCAGCAAUGAGCGCUCGCGCGCAGCGCAGCAGAAACAUCAGACCGCGGACAGCGAUCACAGCUCAGCUCAGCUCUCUACUACUGCACAAGUGAAAUAAAUCAGCUCGUGAUGGACGGGUGCGCGCAGAUGUGUAAAUGUUUCCUGAUCCUGUUUAACAUUCUGUUCGCUCUGGUGGGGUUCGGUCUGGUGGCUCUGGGAAUGUGGCUCCGGUUCGGCGCUGAAACCAGAGGAUUCUUCGACAUCGAUCUGAAAACCACACAGUUCAACAUCGGUGUGAUGGUGCUGGUGGUCACUGGGGUCCUGAUGCUGCUGGUGGCCAUCAUCGGUGAUUGUGGCGCGUGUAGCCACAGCAAAUCGGCUCUUAGUGUGUUUUCUGGCCUGCUGUUUGUUCUGAUCAUCAUUGAAAUCACAGCUGGUGUGAUGGCCUUCAUGUGGAGUGGACGGGUGGCAGACGAGUUGGUGAACUUCUACAACACCAUCUACGCUCAGUAUCUAAACACCAGGAGUCCCGGUCAAGCAGUCACACUCAAAUUAUUCCACAACGCUUUUGACUGCUGUGGCAUCGGUGGACCGAUUGAAGUGUUUGUGCGAGACACCUGUCCAGACGGCAACGUCCUGCAGAAGCUCACGUAUUCUAGCUGUCCCGGCGUGAUCAAGAACGUCUUCGCCUCGCACGCGCCGCUGGUGUUGGGAGGGUUUCUGGGGAUGGCAGGAAUCAUGACGCUGGCGCUGGUGUGCAGCUUUGUCCUCAGAAGACACGUCUCACCAUAUUAUGUGUCUCCUCGUUCAUACGUGCUCCUCACCUCCUCGCCGUCAGUUGUCUUUCCUCCUCCAGCUGACCAGCAGAUAUAACCGUCUGUGUAUCUGUAUCUCUCUCUGUAAGAGUCUGAAGACGUCUCACUACUCAUCUCCACCCAUCUACUGAAGGCCGUCUCAGCCUCACUCGUCUGUCUGAUGGAUGGAUAAAUGCUUUCAUUGGGCAAAGGUCAAGGGAAUCUCUCCUGUGUGAGUGUGUGUGUGUGUGUGUGUGUGUGUGUGUGUGUGUUAUCCAUCAUCUAAAACUGAACUGAAUGGCUUCAAAUUCCAACAAAUUCUUCAACCUAAACUGAGGCUGCAAACAGGAUACAGAAUUCUAAUUCAAGUCAAAUUAAAGUCAAAUGAAUUUCACAGAAAUCGAAACUGAUCUGCUGUAGUGUGUAAUGCUUCAUUGCAUUUAUCAGCAUGAAUCACUCAAAAACGGGCUGUUUAGACCUUUGAUUUUACCACAUUAAUGUUACAGAUCGUAGUGAAUCAACAAAGUCAUUUCUUCAGUUCUGAAUUCUGCACAACUUUGUUAUGCUGUACCUCACUGUUACAAUCUCAUCCUGAAUAUUCCAUUGUCUUGUUGUACAAUUAAAUACUAAAUGUUUGCUUUUUAUUGUAAUACAUUAAAGACACUUCCACAAA